UCACUCGCGCACAAAAGAAAAAUGUGGGCAGAAAUCAUGGGGGUCGACAUUGACGCCGGCCCACUUGUCCGGAUUAACAACCUGCCAAACAAAACAAGAGACACAACGAAUUCGCCACACAAUUACCCACCCCUACUCGUGGCUUGAAAGAGGCCUACCUUCGUCACAAAGAUGUAGAAAAACACCAACAUCGACAGACACACAUGGAUAUUCGCCCACAGGCACACAAGUGUGCGAUUCCACAGUACGCCCCUCUCUCCCUCUGAUCGCGUGAGUGGCAAAUUAUGCCACCUGAUCAUCACCUGGCGAGAAGAGCACAGAUUGACAAGAUAUGCAUCGGUGGUCGGCAUAGAUAUGUUGUCUUACAACAAAAAGAAAUGCCUCGGCAGCUGCCUCUAUCAAGACCAAAACCAUCAAGGCGCCGAGAUCGUUUAGAAAGAUGCUGAGAGAAGGACCUGCUGGCAGUACUUGACGGCCGACCAUUACAAGGAAAUUCGCGGCUACGAGGACAGUGCUCUCCAUUAGAGAAUACAUCUGAGCAGAGGAAGGGACGAAGAGAGAGAGAGAGGGGGCAACGAUACGUUGUCGUCCAUCUGUGUGUAUCCUCCAGCAGCAGUGCAUCAGUAGGACAUGCACAGCCAGCUGUCUAUGGAGCCCAGAAUCUGGUCCUCUGCUGGUAAGCUAAUCGUCAACUCACGUGCAUCUGCUCGGUCAGCUGACGAAUGUACCGAGGUGUUAGCUCUAGCGAGGCGAAUCUGAAGCGAAAAGCAAGCCUCGCCACAGCGUCAGCCGGUGGCAUUUCGUGUGGCCGUGGUACAUACGCUGAGGUGACAGAGACGACGUCCCUGAAAGUCGAUGCUGAGCGCCUUAUCUUCUCGUUGAUGGAGCCUAUCGAUGAGCUCACGGUCGUCACAGUGCUUUGCCGUCGAAAAGAUGAAAGCCCCGUUUCGCUCUGACGAUUGAUCGUGUCGGUCAUGUCGGUCCUCACAUUGUCACCGGCUUCGUCAGGGGCCUUCGUGCAGCGACCAUAGAGUACGAACCUUUUGAAACCUGCAUCGGCCACAUGGAUUCUUCCAUUGUCAGUUGUGAACUGAUCGAAAUUUGCCUCGUGCAGCGACUUGCCCAAGUACAGCAAAAUGCCUGUAUGGCACACGCAGAGCGGAGUAGAGAGAUUAUGAAUGCCCGUCUUUUUCAUCCGGUGCGCGUACCGUAAGGGAGAAAUAGGUCGGUGACAAGGUCGUAGCUAUUAAAAUAGAAAAGAAGGACAUUAUCCCUCUCAUGUCACAUGGAUGCAUCAACACUUACGCGACAAUGAAGAUCGAGUUGAUGACUUUGCUGCUGAAGUUGACCAUUUUUGCCUGAGACGAAUGGGAGAAAGAGAAACAGCCAAUAAAGAAGACACUAGACAUGCACACAAGCAUCUCACUGUACUUGAAGGAGUCGAGAGACUAUUAGGUAGGGCAGUACCGCAAGUGAAAUCAGAGGAGCACCGUACGUUGGCGGUCCCUCCUGAUAUCAACAAGACACGUACGAAUUCAGCUCAGUUCUAUCGCUAUAUACCUGUCAACGUAACUCACCCGUAUGGACCGCAAGAGUUUGUUCGCUGUGUGUGCCCGACAACAUGCAGACACAGAAAAACACAUGCACACGAGUAGGGAGAUGUCUUUGUACUUACACACCGACCCAGAGACACGAGCGGCCACCCGACAAUCAGAGAGAUUAACGCCAGCUGGGUCCUUAAUUAUCAUCGUCCAGCGCCACCCCAACUGGCAAGAAGAAUUGCAGAUAUAAUUGGCCUUGCAGAAAUGCGAGACAGGAGACACUUGCAAGCUUCAGGGCGUAAUCCUGUUUUCUCUUCAU